CACAAACCAAAGCAAUCUAAUAAUCAUGAACUGAGUUUUCUGUUGAAACAAAUUUGAAUGUCCAGUUGGUUUGAGGAGAAUAUGAACACACUCAGCAUGUUGCCAGCUCAGGUUCUAAAUAAAAAUUAUGUGUGGGCUGAAAGUCACAGUUUAUGAGAAAAUUGAUCAAACUCUCAGUUUUUAAUAGCACACACACCAAGAUAAGGGAGUAAGAACGAAGAAUGGUUUAUCAAAAGCUACAAGGUGAGAAUUUAUAUUUGGAAUAGAAAGGUACUGGUUUCCUUCCGUUCUGCAGACCUCUAAACACUUAUUUUGACCUAAUGUGGUGUGAUGGGAGGAGAUCAGAAAUAGGGCUGUGUUUUCUUCGGCGAGUCCAUUUUGAUAGCAAACCUGAGAGUUGAAAGCAACUUUUCAAAAUGGCAAGUGAGGUGCUCUACGCCGUGGUGUCACCCAAGGAAAGAGUGAAUUUUAUUUCUGAAACUUCAGAUACAGGUGAUCCAGUCACCUAUGCUGAGGUGAAUAGGAAAUGGAGAUCCGACACACCUGACAGCACACCCAAAAUUACACAUUCAGUGACCUGCUCAGAGAAGUCUCCCUGGUGCUACCUUGUGCUCGCCCUGCUGUUUUGUGCUGCGGUUCUGCUCCUCACAGGCAUCCUGCUGGCGGUGAAAUGCUACAGCCACUGACUCUGCUGCCCCUCCGGGUGUGUUUUGACUGUGGAGCAAAGAACCCCAGCUGGGCAAGCAUCACCUAUGGAGUGUUUCUCUGUAUUGAUUGCUCAGGGACCCACCGGUCCCUUGGCGUUCACUUGAGUUUCAUUCGGUCAACAGAACUGGAUUCUAACUGGUCCUGGUUCCAGCUGAGAUGCAUGCAGGUUGGAGGAAAUGCAAAUGCUUCUGCUUUUUUCCACCAACAUGGGUGCACAACCAAUGACACCAAUGCCAAGUACAACAGUCGUGCUGCUCAGCUCUACAAGGAGAAAAUCAAAUCUCUUGCAACACAGGCCACGAGAAAGCAUGGGACUGAUCUGUGGAUAGAUGGGUGUGGAAUGGCACCAGCAUCACCUCAGAACAAAGAGGAGGAAGAUUUUUUUGCAUCCCAUGCUUCUACCAAGGCAAUGGAUACAGAAUGGAUGUUACCAGAACCAGUUUCUCUCCAGCAGAAAACUUCAGAAAACAUUCCAGAAUCCUGUGAAGGAUCAGAAUAUGGACCAAGUGUUGAUGGCCUUAGCACAUCCCCACAGCCUGCAUUAGAGAGUACCACCUUCAUAAAAAAGAAGCCAAAUCAAGCUAAGAAGGGGCUUGGUGCCAAAAAAGGUGGUUUGGGAGCCCAAAAAGUGAGCAGCCAAAGCUUUAACGAGAUUGAAAAACAAGCACAAGCUGUAGAUAAAAUGAAGGAACAAGAGGAUCUUCACAGUAGUAAGAAAACUGAGAAGGAAGAGCCACUUGUAUCAUCUUUAAGGUUGGCCUACAGAGAUCUUGAUAUUAAAGCAAGAGAAGAAACCUUAAACCUCGCUGGUAAGAAGAAAACGGAACUGGAGAGGCUUGGCAUGGGAUUGGGCAGCAACAGGAGUGGCAUUUCUCACUCAGUGGCCUCCGAGAUGCAGACAAUAGAGCAGGAAACGCCUACAAUUGCCAAGCCGAAGAAGAAGUACAUGGAUGAUGUGGAAGACUCUUAUUUCUCUUCUAGCUCCAGGUACUGUGAUUCUUCAGAUCUGAGGAGCAGCACUUUUUCUAAAUGGGAUGACAAUUCAGAUGCUUUUUGGAAGAAAGAAAAUAAUAGUAAAGACAUUGAUAUAUUGUUAACUUCAAAAAGCACAGGAUUUUCAGACAGACCUGCAUCCCGGCGUAAGCCGGAAUAUGAACCCCCUGCAAACACAGAUGAGGCACAGAAAAAAUUUGGCAAUGUCAGAGCCAUUUCAUCAGACAUGUACUUUGGAAGGCAAGAUCAGGCUGAUUAUGAAGCAAGGGCUCGGCUAGAAAGGCUUUCUGGAAGCACAUCCAUAAGUUCAGCUGACUUGUUUGAAGACCAGAGAAAACAAUCAACAGGAAGCUACAAUAUUACCAAUGUCUUGUCUUCAGCUCCUGAUAUAGCUCAGUUUAAACAAGGAGUGAAAUCUGUCGCUGGAAAACUUUCUGUCCUUGCUAAUGGAGUCAUGACAUCUAUACAGGAUCGAUAUGGUUCCUAACUGAAGCUAAAGAAGGAUUCCUCUUCAGGCACACAAGUAAUCACUGCUGAUUCAAAUGAAGGUUGCCUUAAGACUGAUGAUGUUUUUACCUGUUUCUUAGUGCAGAUUUCUGACUCAGCCUUUUCUUUGUGCUGUUUCAUCAUAACAGAGCAGAAAUCUUGCAGCAACUUGUUACAUUGCAUAUACUUUUUUCUUCCUUUCCAGUCUUUAUUUCUUAGCAGCCUUAUCGUUAGAUAAGCUGGGAGCUUUAUUUUAUUACUGGCUCAUUCUGUGAGGCAGGAAGGAGAAAGGAGGUGGUGGUGUUUAGUAGACUGUAGCAAAAUAUACAUUUGAAUUAAAUCUGUGUUGCCAGGAAGUAAAAGCUCCUGAAGUCAUAAAUUGAUGUGCAUUAAAAUGGUGGGGAAUUAGUGGUUUAAAACAGUAUUCCAGCUAGAAGGUUCUGUGCUUAGAUGUGAAAUGUGGAGAAGUCAAAAUGUGGUAUUGCUGAAUAGUGGAUUUCACCUUGUUGUGGGAACAGUCUAUUUAUUCCUAGUUUUGAAAGUUUAAAAAAAAUUGCCAUAUAGAAUCCUUAAGUGCUUUUAAAAAUUCUGUAUUGUGUAAAAAUUAAAAAAAAAAUAAACUUGAAAUAUACUAAGGGCCUAAUAGAGUAGUUAAUUAAAUAAUUGUUUAAAAUGUUUAGCACAAUCUUAGAUUUUUGAUAAAUUAUCAAUUACUGAAUAAGGAGAUAGUGGGGCUGUGUUUUAGACAGUCUAGAAUUUAUUGCUGAUGACAUCCUGCAUAAAAAUUAUGACCUUAAAGAAAAAACUUUUCAACGAAGAAUUAAUUCAAGUUAAUUCUGUUCUGUAAUUUUCUUAAUUCAAAUUUGUAAACUGCUGAUAUCUAAUAAAAACAAUUGGUAUAAACUCA